AUGAGGCUCGUUGCUUUCGCCGCUGUCACGCUUUCGCUGUGCCUCUCGCUUGUCAGCGCCGGCGUCGUCCGUACACCCAUCCGGCCGGACCAAGUCGUUCCCAAAACUGGCGACGACUGUUUCUUUGGCGUGACUACACCUCAGGGGUGCGGGCCGCUCCGAACGAGUUGA